AAUUUCCCUGUCCCAGAGCUCACUCGGGUCAUUCUUCAAUUCAACUACUCUAACUUAUAUGAAGUACGGCUCGCCAGACUUCAAUGCCAUGUGUCAUCGAGUCCCAGGCAUCAUGUCUACCCGUUAGCGCUCUUGAAUAUACAAGACUCCGGGAUGGGUCGUCCAUUCUGUUCGCUGGACAAGGUCCAUAUUUGAUCGUAUACGUCGAUGGAAGCAAAUUGUUGUCUCACCGCGUCUUCGAGACUCAAUCGGUCCAUGGCAUCCGAAUAGCUUCAGAACCUAAGUCUUGGGCCAAGGCGGACCUCUUCAAUGUCGUUAUCUGGGGCGGUGGUCUGGUGCAAUCCGUGAGGCUGACACUAGACACGAACAAGCACCGCACGAGGUCUUCAGGUGUUCAAUUGGUUUUAGCCACUGAAUUUGAUGCGAAAGACUGGAUUCUCGACGCCGUAUUUCUGUCCUCCAGCAUCUUCCUGCUUACAGCACACAACGUCCUUGUCGAUAUCCCUAUAUCUUGUCGAGAAACCAGGAAUGGUCUGGCUUGCGAGAAAUCUUCAGUCAUCCACGGGCCCGCCGCCUUCCUUUACUCUGGUGACCUUUUGAUCGCCUCUUCAGAUCUGAUCAUCGUUGCUGCUGGGACAGUGUUUGGUGAAAUUUUAGUUUGGACAUGUUUCCGAGACCCCGACCGUGAAGUAUGGCUUACGUCCACAAGACAUGUCUUCACUGGGCAUAAGGGUUCCGUUUUUGGUGUUGCUAUCUCUGAAGUGUCGGACUUGAUGAACAAAGCUACCCGGUUGCUUGCGAGCUGCAGCGAUGAUCGCACAAUCCAGCUCUGGGACAUCAGUGACUGCGAGGAAUUGUCUCACAAGGGCACCCCCAGCACCACGACAACCAAUACCGGUUUCGGAAGCAUCGAAGAAGGCGAAGAAUGUGCAUUGACGUCCGCUUGGGGCCACAGCUCUCGCAUCUGGGGCGUCGAGUUCGUGACGAGCACGUCAAACAAUGAGGCCCAGGAAGUGCUGCUUCUCUCGCGUGGAGAGGACGCCGUGUGUCAAUUAUGGUCUAUCAAGGGAUCUAAAAGCCAGAAACCAAACGACUUGCGCCUCAUACCUGCAGCAAACGUACGGCAUCAUCUGGGUAAACAUGCCUGGUCCAUGUCACAUGGUCUGAACGACCAGGAUCUUACUGUCUUCACUGGCGGUGCAGAUGGGCAGAUCAUCUCGAGGCAUUUUGGCCGUCAUGGUAGCCUGGCAGCUGGUCCGACCACCAUUUCAACCGUCUUCAAGAAUAUCACCGGGUCAUCUCUGGCGCUGAAGCAUUAUUGCCCAAUAAAUCAAAAUAUAUGCUUCGCAACAACGGAUUCUGGUGAUCUGUUCAGCAUAACGGCAGAGCAAGGAGAGCUGAAAUGCAGCCACAUCUACUCAAGCCCGCAAAAAGGGGCGAUCUUGCUGUGCAAUGUUGAAUUUUUGGGGGUGGUCCUCCUUGCUCAGCAGAGAGGCGCUUUGUUUGCCGCAACACUGAACCACGCGGAUCCGCUGAUGCCAUUCAAGCUGAGCGUGCCUUCUGGUAUCUGCUGGAUGCAAGUUGCCUCUUCGCCCGGCGCUUGUCAGCUGCAAAGCGUUGCUUGCGUUGUGGCGGCCCUGACAAACGGUGAUGCAGUCAUUAUCUGGUUGACAGUCGAAGGAGGAUCAUUGCAUAUUAAGCACAGGACCCUUGAUCUUCCUCAGACAUUUGUCAUAACAGCUUCUGCGUAUGAUAUUUCGUCAGGAGCACUCUUACUGGGUUCUCGUGCGGGUGCUUUAGCAGUAUAUCCAAAUCUAUCAACAGGCACAGAGCGUAUUGACGAGCCGUUUUGUGUGCGGCAUAUCCAUGGCAGCGAUAGUGUCACAUCCAUCAGCGUUUUGGAGUCUUCGCGAUCUACCCAAGGCUUUUCCGGAUUGCACAUCCUUACAACGGGUCGUGAUGGUACGUUUGCUAUACAUCAACUUGACCAAGCUCGGCUGUCUCUGUCAACUGUCCAUAUCUCUUCGCCCUCUUUUGGACCAAACAUUGAAGGAGCAUACCUUUCCCCGCGGACUAACCCUUCAGAUACAGAGACAUACGAUCUUGUCUUAUACGGUUUCCGCUCAACAUCUUUCGUUGUUUGGAACGAAACUCAACUUUCCACUGUCAUGUCUGUUGAAUGCGGUGGCGCCCACAGAAGCUGGGCGUACAACGAUUCAAUACUCUCCACAAGCCCUUCUCGGCGGCGGUCAUUGACCGAAGACUUUGAGGUCCUCGAGCCAACCAAAACAUUUGUCUGGACCAAAGCAGGCAAAUUAAAUUGGUACUCAAUGCAAGAACCUGGCCAUACCUUUAUUCAGAGAGGUGGCCACGGACGAGAGAUUAAAGCUAUAGCCCGCAGUUCCAGGUGUCUUCAUGGAAGACCUCUUAUUGCCACUGGAGCAGAGGACACCAAUAUACAUCUGUUCUCAAUGGAUGGCGACCCAGGGAAAACCAGCUUCCAGAACAUAGCAGUCCUCAACCGCCACACCACUGGUCUACAGCACCUCCUUUUCUCCCGUUCAGGCACAUUCUUAUUCAGCAGUGCAGGUUGCGAAGAGUUCUACAUUUGGAAGCUUACCUUUGAUGUACCCUAUUUCAACAUGGGAGUGGUCUUGUGGGACAUGAUGCCCAAGGAAGAGGACGACUCAGACGCCAGAAUCAUGAGCUUUGAUGUACUGGAGAGUAAGCCUACUCCAGCUGCGAGCACAAACAACCAUCAAAGCCCCCUUCCCAUGGAAGAGAGCUAUACGUUGGCACUGGCAUAUUCGAACGGCAAGUGUAAAGUAAUUCGGUACAUUCCGUCUUCGGCACGAGACCAAGGUGAAUUCGAGACCUUACGGGAGAUCCAAUAUGGCAGUUUCUGCGUGAUGCAAGCUUUCUUCCUUUCACAGAACCAGAAUCAGACUCAGAUUCUAUCAGCGGGCACAAAUGGGUAUCUGAAUCUGAGUGGCGUGAAGGAGGCUAUAGCGCUCACUGAUGGCGGCAAUCCAUUACAACAUGUAUCGCCAUCUAUAAUGGAAGUCCACAAAGUGCACCAGAGCAGCAUUUUAUGCAUGGAUGUUUUGGCCCUGGAUUCGAAAACGAAAAUGUACCUCGUCGCUACAGGUGGUGACGAUAACGCCUUGGGUCUGUCACUUCUCACACCCAUUUCGGACUCGACAGAGGAAGUCCACCUGGACGGUAACAAGCAUGACCUUCUUCGUCAUCGUCUCCGGACGAUUCUCAUUCCUCGAGCCCAUGCUGCGGCAAUUACUGCCUUGAAAUUUGCAAGCUUGUUGCGCACGAAGACUGGAUACACCGUGACCGUUGUGAGUGUAGGCAACGAUCAACGAGUGAAAGUUUGGAAAGUCUACGUCGACUUGAAGAGAGCUAUGUCGUCCUUCUCACAGCCCAUGGACACUGAGGCCGAGAGUGACGGGCUUUUUAAAGGCAUACAAAUCGAAAGGCUAGGCAGUGCUUGGACGUCUGUUGCGGAUGUAAGCGGUCUCGAGGCCAUCACAGAAAGCGAGAUCAACGAAGCCAUGGGUGAUCUGAGUACGGAUGUUACUACUGGGGAGAGCCAUGAGGACGGUUGCCGAGUCCUGGUGACCGGGGUCGGCAUGGAGCUGUUGAGCGUGAAGACCCAUGGCAAUGAUAGUAAAGAAAUGCCUACCUCAUAGGAGUCUAAACCAAGCAAAAAAAGUAACACUCCCAGGGAAGUCCUCGUCUACUCACCUAGCUCGAGCACAUUCGCGUCGAUACAUCCACCACUUCAACACCACCUCAAGUAGUCCAGCAAAAGGGCAAAAAGAAUAGUUCCUAUGGGGAUCGAACCCAUGACCUUCUCCGGGCCAAGCAAUUUUUGUAAAGGAGAUGUGAUAAACCACUACACCUAUAGAAUUCUGUUAAAUUUCUGUCGAUAGAUGGACAGCGG